AUGACAGAAGGCAAAGGAAUGCAAACGUUUCAUUAUGAAACUGACUUGGUAGAAAUGAAUGCGUUCAUAGGACUGUUGUACUAUUCGGGAAUGUGGAAGGCCUGUCAUGUAAGCAUAAAAGAAUUAUGGGCUAAAGAGAAUGGCAACACUUUCUAUCGCUGCACUAUGCCGAAAAAUCGGUUUGAAUUUUUAGCAUCAACUUUACGUUUCGAUGUGAAAGAAAAUCGAUCGAAAAAUGAUAGAUUCUCAGCUAUUAGAGAGUUGUGGGAAAUGUUGAUCAAAAAUUGUGAACAUUACUAUGAGCCCAGUAAUACGAUGACGGUAGAUGAGCAGCUUUUAUCGUUCCGCGGUCGCUGUCUAUUUCGCAUUUAUAUAAAGUCCAAGCCAGACAGAUAUGACUGGUCACCCGAAAACUGA